AAAUAAUGCUAAUAAUCUAGUCUUUAUUUUCUUAAACAAAGUCCAGUUUUUUUAGGAAAUAUUGCGCAUUUUGUUUGUUUGUUUUGUUUGCUAAUAAUUAUUAUGGGGGUAUCUGCAACCAGACGGCGACAUAGUUAGAUGACCUUGACACGCUGUUUACAUUUUGCCCCCAGGACAAGGUUGUAAUUGGUUAGCUGAUGGCUUUUAGUGAGUGCACUACUCAAUCUCAUUUUACCAGAUAGACAACGUGGUGUUCAAGUAUAGUUUUCUUUUUAGUUCAACAAUGAAUACUGUAAAUUUCAUUCCAACUCCAUACAUUCCCGAAAAGAGUCGCAUUGUUUGUCAGGUCGUUUACGAAAGUUGUGCAGAUUAUAUUAUUCGCAAAUUCGGUAAGUGUUUUUUUUUCCAUAAGCCUAAGGUAAAAUUUAAUAGGCCAAUUUUCUAUUGCGUCUGCAUGCACACGUGCGCAUGUUCGUACGUAAAGCGCCUUGUUAAAAAUUAACUAUAAUGUAUAUUAUUUUUAUGGACACUAGACGAAGAAGUAAUUGUCGAAGGAGUCCAGUUAAGUCGAACAAUGCCCAUUGAAAAAAUUAAAAAGGGGACUGAUAAUAUUCAUGUUAUUCUUUAUUUGCGACAAGAAGCUAUUCCUACAUAUCAGAAUGUUUUAUUGACCUUGAUGACAGACUUUAAUAAAUGUAUUGUUACCCGUGCUCUUAUUACAAAAAAGAGCAUUAUGGGAAUCGUCCAUCCAAAGUUUGAAAAAGUUAUGCUGAAAUACAAAGUGAUGUUCGAUGUUAGACGAUAUACAACUCAUUAUCGCAUUGAAAUAAAAGGAGCCAGAGGAAAGGUGCGUACGGCAAUUAGAUAUCUUGUUGGACUUGCAGAAGCCUGUUGCAUUAAGACGAAGAACGUUAUGGUCCCUGAACCAGUACCUGGCGAGCCAGCUAUGAAUAUUGAAAAUGACACGCUAUCUGAUCUAGACGAGUCCGAGAAGGAGGAUAUCAGGAAAGGUAUUGAAAAUAACCCGCGAACGAAACUUGCAGAAAUGGAAUUGAAAGCUCAAAGGAAAUAUCUGUUGAAAUUAAAACUUGAAGAAAUGAAACAGCGAAAAGCAAUUGCUCGGUUCCGAGGACAACGAAUCAAGAGAUUACGAAGAAAGUGUUAUUUUAAAGGAAAAAGGAACAUUCCAAAACCAUUGACCAAAGUUGACAGUGAAGCUGACAAUGAAGCCGACGAUGAAGCUGAAGAUGAUGAUGAAGAUGUUCAUGAAAUUAUAGUUAUUUCCGAUGAUGAAGACCAGGAAGUAGUUGAAGUUUUUAGUUCCGACUAAGGAGAUAAAAAUGUUAUUAAGUCGUUAAAUAUCAAGAAUAGAAAAGGAAAGUUUUUGUUUGUUGACCCUUAUGAUAAAAAAUAAAAUACAGUUAUUUAAACUGAUUAAUGAGAAUUUUAUUGCAAAC